CAACUGAGAAGUGAAAAUGUUAUUCUAUACAUGUAUUUGUCAAAACAUCGUUUACAUUACAUAAAAUCUAGUUUUCAAUAAUGUUACAAUCUUUGCGAGAGCGUUCAAAAAAACGUAAAAAGUUGUUAGCUCAAACGCUUGGUGUAUCGAGUGUUGACGAGUUACGGCAAAUUUUAGGAACUGAAGUUGAUGAAUCGCAAAAGAAAAAAGUGAAAAUGACUGCUCAUAAACAUGACAAUGAAGUCAAAGAAAGGCAAAAUAACAGUGCAAUAACCGAUGAGAUUGUCUACAAAGACUCGUCUACCUUUUUAAAAGGAACUCAGUCUUCAAAUCCACAUAAUGAUUAUUGCCAGCACUUUAUAGAUACAGGGCAACGUCCACAAAAUUUUAUCAGAGAUGUUGGACUUGCUGACAGGUUUGAAGAAUAUCCAAAACUUAGAGAAUUAAUUAAAUUAAAAGAUGACCUCAUUGCUGAAACAGCAACUCCACCAAUGUAUCUGAAAACUGAUCUGUUAACUCAUAACUUAAAAGAAUUUAAUUGUAAGUUUGAUGUGAUACUUAUAGAACCUCCACUAGAAGAGUAUCAAAGAACUUGUGGUGCUACAAAUGUACAACUUUGGAACUGGGAUCAGAUAAUGGAAUUGGAUAUAGGUGAAGUGGCAGCUAACAGGAGUUUUGUGUUUUUGUGGUGUGGUAGUAGUGAUGGGCUUGACAUGGGGAGAUUGUGUUUAAGAAAAUGGGGUUUCAGGCGGUGUGAAGAUAUUUGUUGGAUAAGAACUAAUAUGAACAAUCCUGGCCACAGUAAGAAUUUAGAUAGUAAAGCAGUGCUUCAAAGGACUAAAGAACAUUGUUUGAUGGGUAUCAAAGGAACUGUGCGAAGAUCAACUGAUGGUGAUUUUAUUCAUGCUAAUGUUGACAUUGACUUGAUUAUAUCAGAAGAACCAGAGUAUGGUUCUAUUGAAAAGCCUGUAGAAAUAUUUCACAUUAUAGAACACUUUUGCCUUGGUAGAAGAAGGUUACACUUAUUUGGUCGAGAUAGCACAAUUAGGCCAGGUUGGCUGACUGUUGGUCCAGAAUUAACUAACACCAAUUUCAAUGCAGAUAUCUAUAAUAGUUACUUUCCAACUAAUCAAAUCACGACUGGUUGUACAGAACGGAUCGAAGCUCUCAGACCCAAGUCCCCUCCACCGAAAGGCAAAUCCUCCAGUAGAGGUAGAGGUGGUUUUAAUCGUGGACGUGGAAGAGGUCGGUGAAAUGAUGUAGAAACAAGUGUAUAAUUCCAUAAAUAUUUGUUAUUUAUAAAUAUUUUAUAAAGCUAUAGUAAAUUUAACACACUAAAAACUUGCCAUCUCGAAGAUAGUUUGAGAGAAUAAUGAAGAAUAGAUUGUUUUUGCAUUGUUGAACUGCAUGAUAUUAAUUUAUGAUCGCGGCACAUGUUCCGUCAACUGUCGUAACAAUUUGCAUUUCAUUUAUAUUUAGUUAUUAUUCUUCUUUUUAUUAUUCUUUUCAAAGAAAAUACUUUUAUUUUGAAUGUAUUUGAAAAAGUGUAAA